GUCGUCCGCUUCCAAUAACCCAGCUUGCGUCCUGCACACUUGUGGCUUCCGUGCACACAUUAACAACUCAUGGUUCUAGCUCCCAGUCGCCAAGCGUUGCCAAGGCGUUGAGAGGUCAUCUGGAAAGUCUUUUACCCAGAAUCGCUUUGAUUCAGGCCAGCUGGUUUUUCCUGCGGUGAUUUGGAAAUUCGCGCCCUCCUCUGGUCCUCAACCAGGUGCGCGGGAAGCAGGUGCCCUGGAGAGAGGGGAUAAUGAAGAUUCCAUGCUGAUGAUCAUAAAGAUUGAACCUGCAGACCAAGCGCAAAGUAGAAACUGAAAGUACACUGCUGGCGGAUCCUACGGAAGUUAUGGAAAAGGCAAAGCGCAGAGCCACGCCGUGGUGUGUGCCGCCCCCGCUGGGAUGGAUGAAACUGCAGUCGCGGCGUGGGUAAGAGGAACCAGCUGCAGAGAUCACCCUGCCCAACACAGACUCGGCAACUCUGCGGAAGACCAGGGUCCUGGGAGUGACUAUGGGCGGUGAGAGCUUGCUCCUGCUCCAGUUGCGGUCAUCAUGACUACGCCCGCCUCCCGCAGACCAUGUUCCAUGUUUCUUUUAGGUAUAUCUUUGGACUUCCUCCCCUGAUCCUUGUUCUGUUGCCAGUAGCAUCAUCUGAUUGUGAUAUUGAAGGUAAAGAUGGCAAACAAUAUGAGAGUGUUCUAAUGGUCAGCAUCGAUCAAUUAUUGGACAGCAUGAAAGAAAUUGGUAGCAAUUGCCUGAAUAAUGAAUUUAACUUUUUUAAAAGACAUAUCUGUGAUGCUAAUAAGGAAGGUAUGUUUUUAUUCCGUGCUGCUCGCAAGUUGAGGCAAUUUCUUAAAAUGAAUAGCACUGGUGAUUUUGAUCUCCACUUAUUAAAAGUUUCAGAAGGCACAACAAUACUGUUGAACUGCACUGGCCAGGUUAAAGGAAGAAAACCAUCUGCCCUAGGUGAAGCCCAACCAACAAAGAGUUUGGAAGAAAAUAAAUCUUUAAAGGAACAGAAAAAACUGAAUGACUUGUGUUUCCUAAAGAGACUACUACAAGAGAUAAAAACUUGUUGGAAUAAAAUUUUGAUGGGCACUAAAGAACACUGAAAAAUAUGGAGUGGCAAUAUAGAAACACGAACUUUAGCUGCAUCCUCCAAGAAUCUAUCUGCUUAUGCAGUUUUUCAGAGUGGAAUGCUUCUUAGAAGUUAUUGAAUGCACCAUGGUCAAAAUGGAUUAGAGCAAUUGAGAAAUGCAUAUUGUAUUACUAGAAGAUGAAUACAAACAAUGGAAACUGAAUGCUCCAGUCAACAAACUAUUUCUUACAUAUGUGAACAUUUAUCAGUCAGUAUAAUUCUGUGCUGAUUUUUGUAAGACAAUCCAUGUAAGAUCAGUUGCAAUAAUACUUUUCAAACCUGUUUAAAUAUUUCAAGACAUUAAAUCUAUGAAGUAUAUAAUGGUUUCAAAGAUUCAAAAUUGACAUUGCUUUACUGUCAAAAUAAUUUUAUGGUUCACUAUGAAUCUAUUAUACUGUAUUAAGAGUGAAAAUUGUCUUCUGUGCUGGAGAUGUUUUAGGGUUAACAAUGAUAUAUGGAUAAUGCCCAUGAGAAUAAGAGAGUCAUAAACCUUAAGUAAGCAACAGCAUAAUAAGGUCCAAGAUACCUAAAAGAGAUUUCAAGAGAUCUAAUUAAUCAUGAAUGUGUAACACAGUGCCUUCAAUAAAUGGUAUAGCAAAUGUUUUGACGUGAAAAAAGGACUAAUUCAAAAAAAUAAAAUAAAAUAAAAAUAAAUUCACCUAGUCUAAGGAUGCUAAACCUUAGUACUGAGUUACUUUGUCAUUUAUAUAGACUAUAACUUGUCCAAAUAAGUUUGCAAUUUGGGAGGUAUAUUUUUAAGAUAAUAAUAUAUGUUUACCUUUUAAUUAAUGAAAUAUGUGUAUUUAAUUUUGACACUAUAUCUGUAUAUAAAAUAUUUUCAUACAGCAUUACAAAUUGCUUACUUUGGAUAACAUUUCUCCUUUGAUAAAAUAAAUGAGCUAUGUAUUAACAC